UCGUAAUGGGAUUUUUUCUUAUCUAAUAGAUUGUAGGCUCAACUCAAUUGAAUGAGCUAUUUAUGCGCUUUAAAGAGAGGUUGGGUCUUUGCCCGGUUAUUUGUUGAUAAUAAUAAUUAUAAUUUGUUAAGGGAAAAUGUGAGUCAUUGUGUGUGCUUUCCAGCUAGCUUUUCCUGUAUGACAAAUAAGCUACAGUACUGAUUCAUUAAAUAAUAUUUUCUCUUGGACUUAAGUUCGCAUAAAUCAGGUUUUUUGUACAAAAAAGAAACGAAACUGUGAGAGGGAGACGGCCCGCAGGGAAACCCCUCAUUACACACAUUUCCCAGCUGUUUUCCUAGUUUUUAUGUAUACCUAAAUUAGGGAUCAGGUAGGUAGGUAGCCAGUAUUAUUGGUCCGAGGGUUGAAACCCAGUCCUUUGACUGACUUCAAUCACUUUCUGGCCUUCAGUUGCCCGCCAGCCAGCAUCAGGUUCACAAUGUCCUCCGAUUCCACGCUGUACUUCACCGCCGUCGAGGAUAUGUUCAAGGAAUUAUUAACAAUAGAGGUUGAUGACUCCCUUCCCGAUAAUAAAGAGGGAUCGGGAUCGGGUUCUGACACAGAGACCCCGAAACGUUGUGUUAAAUUACGAAAGCAUAAAUUGUUUGCCCAGGACUCUGGUGGUUUUGUGAUAAGUCGACGAUCUCCCAAACUGGAGUCCAAAAUCAAUUUGGAGUUGCAUUUAUCACCUGGCAGGCAACGAGAGCUAAGAGCUGAGGAGCUUCUGCGUCUGCGCAAGGAUCGGGCGGUAAAGGAACGCCAGAAACCACCCCAGAGACGCCUUACUUUAAGGAUAUAAUUAAUAAGCGAUCUGAACCAUCGUCUAGUGUGUUCCCUGGAUCACAGUGCUUCCCCCUGUUGUAUGCUUUACUCUAAGAUUUAUACUAAGAUUAGCUAAGUAUGCUAUAUAUGAAUGACUGGCAGGUUGUCAGAGAUCAGUUUUAGGCUUUUGUGAUUUUUUUGCCAUUUUCUGUGCCA